AUGCUUCACGUGCCGCUGUUAUUGCUGCUAGUCAGCACAUUCGUUCAAACCACAUUGGCAGUGUAUCAACUGGUACAGGACUAUUCAAGAGACGCCUUCUGGCAAGGCUUUGAUUUCUUCACAGAUCCUGAUCCAACCGAUGGCCUGGUGCAAUAUCAAUCUCUGGAAGACGCAAAUGCAACGAGUUUGGCAGGUUUCAUCGAAGGAGGAAACGCAUCUUUCGCGAUCUACAUGGGCGUGGACACGGAAAAGGUUGCUCCUGAGGGACGAGCGAGUGUUCGAGUCUCAUCCACACAAACAUUUCAACAUGCUUUGGUCGUUGCAGAUAUCGUGCAUAUGCCCGGAGGCGUCUGCGGUACCUGGCCGGCGUUCUGGAUGCUGGGAGCAGACUGGCCGAACAAUGGAGAAAUCGACAUCGUCGAAGGGGUGAAUGACCAAGCUGCCAACAGUAUGACUUUGCACACCGGACAAGGAGCAGUGGUUACCAAUGGCACCGAUUUCUCAGGACAAUUGAUUACUGCGGACUGUGAUGUCAACGCCGUCAACCAACCGACAAACGCCGGGUGUUCCAUUGGCGACGUCUCGAAUUUGACCUUUGGAACCGAGUUCAACGCAGCUGGGGGUGGAGUAUUUGCGACCGAAUGGACGUCCGAUUUCAUCAAAAUAUGGUUCUUCCCUCGUGGUUCCUUUCCCGACGACAUUGUCACCAGUACCCCAGCCCCGAGCGAAACUUGGGGCACUCCAAACUCUCUAUUUCAAGGCCCGUUCAACAUAGACGAUCACUUCAAGGAUCUGCAGUUAGUUUUUGAUACCACCUUCUGCGGGCAGUGGGCAGGUCAGGUUUGGAAUACCUCAGCUUGUGCGUCUCUAGCACCAACUUGCGAGGACUAUGUGGCCAAUAACCCAGCAGACUUUGCCAAUGCUUACUGGGCGAUCAACACUUUGCAAGUCUUUCAAGAUGAUGGUCAGAACGGAGGCAAUACAACGGUGAAUCGUGCGCCACCACAGAGCGAACUUGCCGGAACAGGGGUGCAGCCCCCUCAGAAACUUCGAUCGAGAUCCGGAAAAAGCGUCCGUCCGAUAUAUCUGUGA